AUGAAGUUUGUCAAAGCAGAAGAAAAUGUUAAAACAGAUAAAAGGAAAAUGAUAAAUAAGAAUUCAUAUGACGGUAAAGAAGAUGGAGUUUAUUAUGAAAUGGAAGAUGGUGAUGAAGAGGAUGAGGAAUUUAAAUAA